UGACCUUGCCCAGCCAUGCCGUUCGGACUGAAGCUCCGCCGCACGAAGCGCUACAACGUCCUGAGUAAGAACUACUUCGUGACGCGGAUCCGUCUGCUGGACAACAAUGUGAUCGAGUGCACGCUGUCUGUGGAGAGCACCGGCCAGGAGUGCCUGGAGGCGGUGGCCCAGCGCCUUGAACUGCGCGAGACGCAUUAUUUCGGGCUGUGGUUCCAUUCUAAAACUCAGGUGCCGCGAUGGGUGGAGCUGGAGAAGCCCCUGAAGAAGCAGCUGGAUAAGUUUGGGAACGAGCCGCUGCUGUUCUUCGGGGUGAUGUUCUACGUUCCCAGUGUCUGCAGACUCGAGCAGGAGGCCACCAGGUAUCAGUACUACCUGCAGGUGAAGAAGGAGGUUCUUGACGGCCGUCUUCACUGCAGCGUGGAGCAGGGCAUUCGACUCGCCGGCCUCGCCGUCCAGGCGGACUUUGGGGAUUUCACUCAGUAUCCGUCUCAGGACUUCCUCAGGGAAUACGUGCUGUUCCCCGUGAACUGGCCUCAUGUGGACGAGGUGCUGGAGGACUGGACGCAGAAAGUGGCCGAAGAACACAAGAGUCACUAUCGGAUGCAGCCUGCAGAAGCCGAGCUGCUCUACAUCAAAGAGGCGGAGAAGCUGGACGGGUUUGGGCAGGAGAGCUUCGCUGCUAAAGACAACUACACCAAUGACAUCUUCAUCGGCGUGUCCUUCAUUGGAGUCUUCGUCAAGCACAGGAACGGGAGGUCCAUCAUGCUGCACCGGUGGAAGGACAUCGGCACCAUCGGGCACAACAAGUCGGCCAUCACCGUGGAGAUAACCAGCAAAGACGACACCAUCAUGUUCCACACGGAGGAUAUGGAGAUGGCCAAAUACAUCGCACGCCUCUUCACUGCCAGACACAAGUUCUACAAACAGAACAAAAUCUGUGCAGAACCAACCCACUCUCCGGUCACCAUAAGGAGAAGACCCACCUGGAACAGACUGCCCAGACCGCAGUCCUGUAUUCUGCACUCUCAGUACGCCGAUCACUAUCAGGACACGCAGAGCUCGCAAGACAGCAUCUUCCAUGAUGACCCAUACUACAAGUCCGAAACGAGCCUAGUGGAGUUUGGCUUCCGUAAUGGCCCAGUGCCCAACGGCAGCAUGUGCAGCAGCCCGAGUGUGAGCUCCCUGAAUCGCUCUCAAACAUUCAUCCACUCCUCCCCAAUGUCAUCCAACCUGAGCAUUCCUGGCAGCGAGCUGAUGCGUCCUGACUACAUCCCCAGCCACCGGCACUCUGCCAUCAUUGCGCCGUCCUACCGGCCCACUCCAGAGUAUGAUGCUGUGAUGCGUCAGAAGCGGCGACUCCUUCCGGCCACACCUUCCUCUGACUGCCACAGCCAAUCACUGCGCAGCCUCAACAUUAGUAAUACCUACGCAUACAGGCAGCCUGAGGCGCUGGUGUACAGCCAGCCAGAGAUGAGGGAACGAGGCAUGUACCAUGGGCCUUAUGGAGGCGGAGGAGGACCUCAACCUGGAUAUGGACCACCUACUGGCCCCUCCCCUUCCCAUCCUGGAACAGGGGUCAUACAGCCUGCAACGAGUCAGCCAGCCACAGCCGGAAACGGCAUCUCUCACACCGUCAGUACACCUGAACUUGCAAAUACCAAGCAACAGGUGGUUAAUGGAAGAACUGGUGACCAGUCUUAUGCCGCCCACAUGUUGAGGAAUCACCUGUCCAGGCCACCACCACCUUAUCCAGCCUCCUUCAGGCCGGCGACAAGCACCCCGGACCUGGCCAGCAGCCACCGACAGCGCUGCAUGGGCGGCUCCAGCCCGGAGCUGGUCACACGCAAGGUCCAGCUGUCUGUUAAGACCUUCCAGCCUGACAGCUCAGCUGUGGUGGACCUGCAGUCUCUGCAGGAGGUCAGCGAACCACUGACCUCAGCCAAGCGCCGCACCGCACUGACCAAGCGCCACAGCAUGGAAGUGGUUGGAGGCAUGCGGGCAAUGGAGGCGCUAGUCAUGAAGGGGGCCAACGUAGUCCUACCUCGCAGAAACACAUUAAGAGAACAAGCCCCUUCUGCAGCCACACCCCCUCAGCCUCAGGUUCCUCCUCCUCCUCCUCAGCCAUCGCAGCUGUCUGAGGUGGCUGUGCAGAUGUCCAAUCAGAAAGCAGAGCACCAGGCCCAGUCGUCAUACCAGCAUCAGAAAACGCUCUCCAACGUCACUAUGCUAAUCCACAGCAGCGAGAGUGAGGAGGACGAGGAGGAAGAGGAGACCCCUGAGCUGGACGUUCAGAUUCCAGGGCUGAACGAAGACAUAAGUGCUCAGUUGCAGGCGGCGCUGGCCAACAUCCCAAACAAACCACCACCCGAGUACCCGGGCCCGCGCUCCAGCGGCAGCAGCACGGCCCUCAGACACCACAAUCAGGACCACAGCCGCGGCUCUCCAGAAGCAGCUCAGGGGCAGGUGCAUACCGAAGCCCAAGCGGACGGACUACGAGGUGGACAGAACGCAGCCGGCGGCCCCCAGGUCAGCCUGAGCGGAACGACUCUGGGGCCGUCCAUCUCUGAGCCUGACCUGACCAGCGUGAAGGAGAGAGUGAGGAAAGAGCCAGUGAAGGAGAGGCCGGUGUCGGAAAUGUUCUCCAUCGAGGACAGCAUCGUGGAGAGAGAGAUCAGACAGAGGACUCUGGAGAGGCAGAAGCUUUCAGCCGAUUCGAUGAAGAGGCCUCUGAUGAUGGCGGCUCUGAAUGGACUCUACGUAGCCCGCAUGCCCGUCCCGGAAAACCCACACGAGGACGCCUCCGCCAAGGCCAACACAGAUGAACGGUGUAAGCAUCUGGAGCUGAGGCUAGAAGAGGAGUGUCUCUUCACCGAGUACGAGCAGAUUCCUAAAAAAAGGGCGGAGUGCAACCUUACUACGGCCAUGAUGCCCGAGAACGCCGAGCGGAACCGCUUCCGAGACGUUGUCCCAUACGAGGAGAACCGCGUGGAGCUGGUUCCAAACAAAGAGAACAACACAGGCUAUAUUAAUGCUUCGCACAUCAAGAUGAUGAUCAGAGGGGAGGAGUGGCACUACAUUGCCACGCAAGGGCCUCUUCCCAACACUUCCCAUGAUUUCUGGCAGAUGGUCUGGGAACAAGGGGUCAAUGUCAUUGCCAUGGUUACAGCAGAGGAGGAGGGAGGUCGCUCUAAGAGUCACAGGUACUGGCCUAAGUUGGGCUCAAAACACAACUCUGCCACACACGGCAAGUUCAAGGUGACCACCAAGUUCCGCACAGACUCGGGUUGCUAUGCAACAACAGGGUUAAAGGUCAAGCACCUACUGUCCGGUCAGGAGCGGACCGUGUGGCAUCUGCAGUACACCGACUGGCCUGAACAUGGCUGCCCAGAAUAUGUUCAGGGCUUUCUUUCAUAUCUGGAGGAGAUUCAGUCAGUGCGUCGACACACUAACAGCAUGCUGGACACGUCGAAGAGUCCAAACCCACCGGUGGUUGUGCACUGCAGUGCAGGCGUUGGCCGCACCGGUGUGGUCAUUCUCACUGAACUCAUGAUCAGCUGUCUGGAGCACAAUGAGAGAGUGGAGGUUCCUGUAAUGCUGGGCCGGUUGAGGCAGCAGAGAAUGCUGAUGGUUCAGACGGUCUCUCAGUACAAGUUUGUGUAUCAAGUUCUUAUCCAGUUCCUGAAGAGCUCCAGACUCAUCUGAGUCAGACUGUGCGUGAGUGUGUACCUAAGUGUGUGUUUGCGUCGGAUACUCAGUCGCCCCAUCCCGAUCCAGGUGCUACUGCUGCGGUGAUCUGCCCGCCAUUGCCUUUGACUUAAAGUCUGGACACCCUGGCCAAAACUUUGACCUAAACAUUCAUAGCUGGUUUUGGAACACCUGGGAAAAAAGGCCUGGCGUACCGAACUGAUACAGCCAUUAUGGAAAAGCAUCCCUAAACAAAGUCCAACCACUAUAAACAGCUGGGCUUCAAGCUGAGAUACUUUGGAGAAACGGAGUUGAACUCUUCAAGAUCUCGAUGUUAUCCUUUUCUUUAAAAUAGGGAGUAAAUAUGGAUGUUUUUGCUUUGUGAAAAUCAAAUCAAAGCAAAGCGAGAGAAUCUGAGGAGGCAUCUUUCUAAUUUAAUACAGAACUUUUUAAAAAAUUGCCUGGAUGAAAGUAUCUUGGACAUUUCACGUUAUUUCCUCAAUAAUCAAACGUAAACUGUAGUGAAAAAGCAGGAGUGUACAUUUAUUUGAAUUCUGCAUAUUUCAGAAAGCCUUUAAGGUCCAUCACUGUGCCAGCACAAUGAAAAAUCUUUGUAUCAUUCAUUUUAAUCCAGUGUUAUUUAUUAUUAUUAUUUUUUUUUUUUUUUUGGCAAAAUUUCAGGAGAACAAUUUUAUAUAUAUUGGGAGAAUAUUCAAACAUAAUUUACAACAUAUGGGAAAUUGGUGUACGGUGUACAGAUUCUGGCGGCACAUUGAUGGACUUGGUUAAAUAGCGUAAGAACGAGAUAAUCAGAUGUACCCGCUGCUGUAAACAGCAGAAGGCAGAGGCCGUUGUAACAUCACACUGUGUGAUUUAUUCUGAUUCUGAGGCAGUUUGGUGGAAUUUGCAACAAGUUGAUGCAGCCAAAUCAACUUAGGGUCCACUGAAACUGCCUGUCAUUGAGAUGCAUUACUAAAGGGGAAUUCCAUCACAAUUCCAAAGUUGUCAACAUUUUUGCAAAGUCAUUCAAAGUGGUUUGACAUGAAGUGCUCUGCUCUAGAGAAACCUAUUUGUUCACCAUGGUGGUGAUGGGAACCAGACGUCUGAAGAGAUUAAUGCCUCUAAAAGUUCCCUCACAGAGUUAUUACAGCAAAUGGUUAUAAUAUUUUGUUGAUGCUUGAAUCAUCGUUUUGCAAUAGUUUUGAAAAGGUUUUGUCCUAAAACACACGCAAGAUUAGAUUAGAUUAGAUUAGAUUAGAUUAGAUUCAACUUUAUUGUCAUUUUGCAGAGUACAGGUACAAAGCCAGUGGAAUGCAGUUAGCAUCACAGUUGUGUCCACUCACUGUCCACUCUAGAUGCUCCUACCCUGUCGGUCCACCUUGUAGAUGUCAGAGACGACAGC